GCAGACACAUCGCAAGUAUGGCCGGAGACAGCGAGACGCUCCUGAAGGACCGCGACGACACGUCCACUGCGGCGCGGCAACCCUUCCUCAUCGGUGUCUCCGGGGGCACCGCCAGCGGCAAGUCGUCAGUAUGUGAGAAGAUCAUGGAGCUGCUGGGGCAGAACAAGAUCGACCACCACCAGCGGCAGGUAGCAAUCCUCAGCCAGGACAGCUUCUACAAGGUGCUGACGCCCGAGCAGAAAGCCAAGGUUUUAAAGGGCCAGUACAACUUUGAUCAUCCAGAUGCCUUCGACAGUGAGCUGAUUAUGCAAACGCUCACUGAGAUACUUCAGGGGAAGACGGUGCAGAUCCCAGUUUACGACUUUGUCACUCAUUCCAGGAAGGAGGAGUUUGUAACUGUGUAUCCGGCUGAUGUGGUCCUGUUUGAGGGCAUCCUCAUGUUCUACUCGCAGGAAAUCAGAGAUCUGUUCCAGAUGAAGCUGUUUGUUGACACAGAUCCGGACACGCGGCUCUCACGUCGAGUUCUAAGAGACAUCGGUGAGCGCGGCAGAGAGCUGGAGCAAGUGCUCACUCAGUACAUCACUUUCGUAAAACCAGCUUUUGAGGAGUUCUGUCUACCGACAAAGAAGUAUGCAGAUGUGAUUAUUCCUAGAGGAGCAGACAACCUCGUGGCCAUCAACUUGAUUGUACAGCACAUCCAAGACAUUCUGAACGGCGGGCUAACGAAGCGACACAACGGCUGCGUGAACGGCCACAGCACCCCGCGGCAGCGGCGGACCUCGGAGUCGAGCAGCCGGCCCCAUUGACCUCACCGCGCCCGCCUCUCUUCAGAGGGGAGAGGGGUGUGGCAGUACAGCUGUAAAUAAAGCCUGUUGGCAUAACUGUAUUUAAGAAGGAAGAAAAAGACAUACACAAGUAAUUGAAAAUGCCUUGUUUUAUUAUGACUACUCUUGUGAUCGGUUUCUUUGAUUGUUAUUAUUGAACGCUGAUUGAGAUCUUUUGUCAGGACGGUAAACAGAAAGGGCCUUUUUGUAAGACUGGAUUACAAUUAUUCCCAUGCAUUUUUCCUCCGGGACUUUUUUGUUGUGUUCCUGUUAUACAUCCUCUGCAGCUCAGUGGAACUUAAUGCAAAUAAUUAAUAAAUGCAGGGAAAUUUAAUUUAACUUUUUUUUUUCUUUUUUCUUUUUUAAAUGUCUGACAAAACUUGAAGCCCUGGUCGGGGCACCUCAUAAAUGUUCAGAAAGGUUCCAGCCAAGGAUUUAAUGAUGCUCUGCAGAUGACCUGGAGUGUUUUUUCCCCCCCAUCGUCCUCUUGUGCUGUAUCUAGACUUCCCUUUUUGUUUAGUUUGAUGUUGCAUUGGUGCUUUGUUUACUACAGUGUCUACUUUGAUGUUUCUGUAUGUCUUCAGCAUAAACUUGAGUUUUCAGUAUUGAGUGUAAAAUGUCCCCUACCAAAUCAACGGGCCGCUGUUUAGCCGGGAACGGCAGAACAGACGCUCCGUUCGGGGAUUUAUUCCAGCUGAUUAAUAGCCUAUUAAAGUUUGGUGGGUGAAACUCACUCCUAGUUAUUACCCCUGACUGAACGAUAAAGGGAUUUUAAUAUCAAGCAAAGUGUUUAUCUUUGUAAAUACAUUUUUCUUACAUUCUACCCGAAUCACAUACUUUGCUACCAUUAAUCUUUACUUACUUCAGCUGUAAUUUAAAAGUCACGUAUGCACACUCAGGUCAACGAUACAAAUGUGAAAUGCGUGGAAAAAAAAAGGUGUGUUUUGGGCUGCGUUGCCACGGCAACGGCAGUCCUGCGGGUGUGUGGCUGUUAAACCACCAAAACCCACCGCGAUGCCUCAGUGAAGUCGCCUCAGGUUUCACCUGUACAGCAAGCACCCAAACAGAAACCACCUGUCGUGACAGGGUUUCAAUGAUUACAAAAAAAAAAAAGAAGUAAAGGCUGAAGUUAUCUCUUCGUCUGUAUGUAUCUGUUGUGUAUAGAGGAUGUGAAUGAUUUGUACCAUGAGGUUUGUACUGAGUGCCUGGGAUUGGGGCUGAAUUGUGAUUUAUGAUUGAAUGAAGUCAUCAGUUUGCUCAAUAAACUGAUGCAGAAAA